AAAUUAUUGUGUCUGUGUUCUCUCACUUCUCAUUUCUCAAGCACUCCUAAGAUGUACUUGACUGACACUUAGGGUUUGAUCAUCUUUGCCUCUCUACCAAUUACAGUAUCUCUCUUCUCAGAUUCAAAUUCUCUGUGCUUUUCCUGAUACAUCCCUUCUUCAUUUUUUUAUCCUUGUUUAUUUAUUUGUUUGUUUAUUUAUUUAUUAUCAGUUUCGCAUUUUUCCUUUCAAUUUUCUUCCCCAAAUAUGCACACAGAACAAGCUAGGAAACUGAGCCCCACCCCAUUUUCCCUUAACUUUCGAGCCAUGAAUUAGGAAACCCAUGUUUUCGAAUUUAUGAGAAAAUAAAAGAGCUUUCCCAGUCCAAUUACCUUAUGCUUCGAUCUUUCUUUCAUUCAAGUAUCACUUCAACGAAGGAAGGAAAAUUAUGACCCUGAAUUGAGCCAUUUUAGGAUAGUUACUCAUUGUAAGAAGGUGGCAUCAUGAGACAUUUGAUAAUCAAACUGGGAAGAAAUUAUGCCUGACUUGUUUUGAUUGGCUUAAGUAUUACAAUAUGGAGGAUGAGAAUGGACUUGAGCUCAGUUUGGGUCUAUCUUGUGGUGGCUCAUCUAUCAAACCCAAGAAUGGUAGCUCCUCAGAUACAAGAGCAAAAAAGGCUGUUAGAAGGGGCAAAAUGGUUGAUGACUUCAAGACCAUAUUUGAUGCUGGUCCUCAGAAACCAAAUUCAACUAAUGACAAUAAAAAAAUUGAUAUCUCAAAACCUCACAAGAAUUUCUUUAGUGACCUUUCAAAGGCCAAGGAACUGAAGGAAGAGAAUGCUUCUUUAAAUUUAAACGGGAGAGGAUUUUGGGUUGCAAACAGUAACAAACCUGUUCAGAUUGAGGAUGAUAAACAGUUAGAAACAGGAAUCAAACGAAAAAUGUCUUUCGAUGAGAUAAAGCAUCGCAAGAAGCAUGAAAUUGAUGUUCACACAAGAACAUCACACAUUUCUGUGACAGGAGAUGGCUUAACAGCUGAAAAUGAAGAUGUUGCAGAUUCUGAAACUGAGAACUCUAACUCUAUGCCUAUACUGUGUGACGUUGAUGGUCCCAAGCAAUUCAUUAGGGUUGGUGCUUCUUCUGAUGUACCAAAAGAUAUUCGUGGAGUUGCUGUCUCAAGUGCCACUGACUUGAAUGGGGAGAAAAGAUUUACUGGUUCAUCAGGAAAAGAUUUUAAGCAUGCAAAUUUAACUUAUGGUUCUUCUUUCUCUGUCCAACAAGUAAAUAUGAUGAAUGCGCCUUAUCCAUUGUCAAUGAAAGAUCCCAACUCUGUUCAUGCACCAAACCCUCAGAUAUCUGGGGCAAUGCAUGCAAUGUCCACUGCAACUGGUGAACUUUCAGGAGCCCAGCCUGUGAGCAAUGGAAGCUUGCCAGUGAUGUUUGGCUAUUCUUCUGUUCAGCUUUCGAAGUUGGGUAAGGACAACACAUGGGGUGGGGUUACUGUAUCUCAACAACCACAUCCUUCUUUUACUGGGAGUGGUCCACCAAACACAGCUGCCAUAUGCGGAAUCUCACAUAACACAUUUGAGGCUAUGCCAUCUGAAGUAAGAACAUCAGAAAUGUCCAAAGGAGAUGGAAUACACUCAAAACAGCAUCAUGUCGCUGAAGAAAGCUCCUCCUCUCAGCCUGAAGAUGUGAUACUAGGUGUUGCUGCAGAUGUGAAAUUUAGCGGGGGUGGUUCCUGUCCAAACCUACCUUGGGUAUCCACCACAGGAUCAGGCCCAAAUGGUAGGACAAUAUCUGGUGUUACUUACAAAUCCAGCACCAAUCAAAUCAGGAUUGUUUGUGCAUGUCAUGGUUCUCACAUGACUCCUGAGGAGUUUGUGAGGCAUGCAAAUGAAGACCAAACCCAAGCCAGUCCAGAGGGCAGUGCAGUUUUGGGUACAGUAGCAAAUGGCAAUCCUCCAGCCUCUGCUCGCAGCUGAAGAUUUGUAUCCAGAAAUACUAGUAACAUGUUUUUGGAGACUCUUUCCUACAAACUCCUUGUUUUGAGUGAACUUCAUUUGAUUUCCCAGCUCUAGCAAGAUUCACAUGAAAUUCACUUAAUAACAGUGCCUUAUAAAAAAUAUCUUAGAAAUUGUGUUGUUAGCAUUCUUUUUAUUGUAAUAUCCUAGUUCAAUUUUACUAAUUGUUUUUUAUGGGGGAAAAAAUGAGAAAUUUAAGCUUUUAUUUUU